GUUCUUUCCUGCGGAAGACAUUUCUCUGCCAGUCAAAAUCUAACUACAAUUGUCCAACGAACAAAUUGUUUUGCCAAAUCCAAUUCCUACCGCUUGUUUUCAAUUUCGGUUUCUUUGAUUUGAACAGGGAAAGAAAAAGAGAAGGUUCGGUUUUCUUUGUUUUCUGCGACUCUCAUAGUCUCCUUCUUGUUCUUCUUCUCUCUGAGACAGAGAACGCGGAGAGAGAGAGAGAGAGAGACCGGAGAGAAGGGAAUGGAAAGCAUAGCAGUGUGGCAAGGGGCAACACUGUGCGGGAUUGUAUCCUGGGUGAUAGUAGCUUCAUAUCUCGAUGUGACCCGAAAGCUUCGAUCUUUGCUGCAACCAUGGGUGGCCCACCAUGUCACCGCCGGCACUCCUCUCAUCCUCCAGAUCCAGAAUUAUCAGCAUAGAUUCUUGGAUGCUUUCUUCUCUGCCUUGUCAUGUGUUGUUUCUGUGCCAUUUUACACUGCUUUUCUUCCUUUGCUUUUCUGGAGCGGGCAUGGAAAAUUGGCUAGACAAAUGACUCUGCUGAUGGCUUUCUGUGAUUAUAUGGGGAACUGCAUAAAGGAUGUGGUAUCAGCUCCUAGACCUCGUUGCCCACCCGUUAGAAGAAUAACCGCUACGAAAGAUGAGGAAGAUAAUGCUUUGGAAUAUGGAUUGCCAUCUUCUCACACUCUAAACACAAUUUGCUUAUCCGGAUUCCUUUUGCAUUACAUCCUAUCGUAUUCUCAGAAUGAAGAUGCCCAUGUUAAAAUUGCUGGAUUGGCUCUUGUUUGCUUGCUUGUGGGUUUCAUUGGUUUAGGAAGAAUUUAUCUCGGCAUGCACAGUCCUAUUGAUAUCAUAAGUGGCCUUGCUAUUGGAUUGGUGAUUCUUUGGUUCUGGCUCAGUGUUCACAAAUAUGUUGACAGUUUUGUAGUCUCGGGACAAAAUGUUACAUCCUCUUGGGCUGCCCUAAGCUUGAUACUGCUUUUUGCUUAUCCAACUCCUGAGUUCCCAACUCCAAGUUUUGAGUACCACACAGCCUUCAACGGCGUUGCAUUCGGAAUUGUAUCUGGGGUCCAGCAGACGUACCAUCAGUUCCACCAUGAAGCCGUUCCACGUGUAUUUACAUCACAAUUAACCGCCCCUGGCUUUAUGGGAAGAAUGCUUGUGGGAAUACCAACCAUACUUAUCGUGAAGUUCUGUAGCAAAGCUCUUGCUAAAUGGAUUCUUCCAGUGCUGGCCAACACCCUCGGUAUCCCAAUAAGAUCAACCACUUACGUCGCAUCGCUAAAGGGAUCGAGUGAUGGCAAAAAAUCAGAUGGUUUGAAGCAAUCGGGUUAUGUCCAAAAGCUGUUCAUUUUCUCCAGCCAAGAAUCGUUUGACGUUGAUACAGGCAUAAGAUUCCUUCAAUAUGCCGGCCUGGCAUGGUCCGUCGUCGAUCUUGUUCCUUCCCUUUUCUCUCAUCUAAGAUUGUAGGUAAUGCUUCAUUAUUCAUAUUAUUAGAAUAUGCACUCGCAAUUUUCCAAAUGGAAAUAUGCUCUCUGUCCGGUUUUGUUAAAUGCGUAUAUGUUGCAGUAAUGAAACAUAUUGAUUUUGCUAUUCCCAUGGAAACCUCUGAAGAGUUGCACGAAUGAUUUUGCUAUUCAUUCGAGAGCUGCAGACAUUUGAAGUUACAGUAUACCCGAAAUGCGAAUAUCGGAGGAAAUGAAAAUGGUUAAGGGUGUUGCAACUGUUGUAACAACGCACUAUUCCUAUUAA